AACAACGCCGCCUGGACGCGCUCCGGGAGCCGCCGCUUUUUGCGGGAGGAGGACCGCACGCGCGAAGGCAGGAACUCGUCGAGCCACGCGUCGACAGAAAAGACAGCUGGGGCAGCUAAGAAGCCCUCAUCAAGCAACCUCUGCAGAGCUGCCUCCCAGGGACGCCACCGCCGCGCGCGGAGACGCAAGGCAGCCUCGUCGAGGAACAGACGAUGAGCCGCAUCAGUCGCGCCAGCCGGGGCAGCUCCGACUCGCUGCUCGCGUCGCAGCGGCCGCCCGUCGACCGCGUCAAGCUCCGCGGCCUGAAGCGGAGAGCGCUGACCUACGACGCGCGCCUCGAGGCCUUGGCAAGAGAGGUCAAGGAGACCGAGACGCUGCUGCGCAUCGAGCAAAACAAGCGCGACGCGCGGUUGAGCGCCGCCGAACGGGCGCGCAAGGGCGAGCACGACUCGGCGGCCAUCGUGCGCGAAAGUUCCGAGAAGGUGCCGAGGUGGCUCGCGACGCUCGGCGAGCUGCACGGCGAGGUCCAGGAGUCCGUCGUCGAGUCGAAGGCGCGCUGCGACGAGUUGUGCGAGGGCCAGGAGGAGUCGCUGCAGCGGUCCUUCGCGACGCGCAUCAAGCACGCCUACAAGGAGGUCGAGGCGAUGCGCAAGGCGCGGAACGAGCGGUGCCUCGGCUGGAUCGACCGGAGCGAGGAGGGCGAACGGGACCUGGCCUGGUCGCGGGACACGCUCGACCUCUACAAGAAGCAGGCCGAGAAGCUGGCUUCCAUAAAUAAGGUCGCGCGCGAGCGCGCCGCGAAGGCGUGCAGGGCGCGCAAGGAGCUCAUCGCGGAGUUGGUCGCCGAAAAACAGAAACGCGACCAAUUGCAGCAGCGCCUGCGCGAGCUGAACGCGGACACCUUCGAGGCGGCCGAAGCGCCCGCGCCCGCCGCGGAAGAGGAGGCCGUGCCAUCUCCCGAAGUAUUGACGCUCCAAGCCGAAAUAAGGGGAGCGAAGCGGAAACUGGUCAAAGCCCGGUCCGACUACAACCAGGACUUCCAGGAACAGGCCGAGCUGCGCUCGUUGUUGGACGCCUUUGAUAGGGGGCUGAGGGCGCGGCUCGACGACGCGCUGAAGGCGACGACGCGGCCGCGGACCGUCGGGAGGACGGCGAAGGCGGCGUCGUCUGUCACGCGCGCACAGUCCGCGGCGGCGUCGCCCGGAUCAAGGCGCCCGAAGGUGGGCGACGAGAUCCGCCUCCAGCUGAAGGUCGUGGCGCAGCUGCGCGAGCUGACGUUCCCGCCGCCGCCUGAUCUGUUGGAGGCCGCGCGGCGGCCCGGGCCGCGGCGGCGGAGUCCCAUCAUGAAGAAGCCGCAGCCGCCACUCGGACGGCGGCCCGCGACGGGGAAGGCGCCGACCGCGUCGACGUCGCUUCGGGACACGCGGCGGCCCGAGACGGCCGGGGCCAUCUCGCGGCCGCUGCUGGCGAGCAUGCUCGCGACGCGGACGACUAAGUAUUUGUAG